UUGUAUUUUAUUUACGUCAGUAAUAGAACAAAAUCAUGGCGGAAGAAACGCUAAGCGUCAGGACGGAAUAUCUUGAAAGAUUAAAGAGUAUAUUGAAUGACUCUUUCUAUAAAGAUGCCAUGGAGCAUGCAGCCAGCUACAAUACUCGUUUAUGUUUGGAAAGAAAAAUGCGACUACCAUUUUUAGAUCAGCAGACAGGUGUUGCACAAAGUGAUUGUGCUCUUUGGAUGCAGAAAUGGCAGCGAAUGCCGGGAAAGACUGAAGGACAACUCUAUACUUACCCGGCCAGACGGUGGAAAAAGAAGAGGCGCCAGUAUUUGAUGAACAAUUUUUACCUCACUCGCCGUAUGAAGGAAGUUGAAAAUAAUGAUUCAGAGAAUCAUCAAUCUACAAAUGAGAAUUCCAUGUCUGGAGUUCAGGAAAAUGACAACAGUACAGACAAAAUUGCUGAAGAUUCAAAGGAUUCCUGGUAUAAAGAUUUUGAGGAAACGCCUGAACAAUUUGAUAUGGGGGUGGAAGUUGAAGAUCCUGAUACUGAUGUGGAGGAUUAUGAAGAAACUUACGUUCGUAAGAAGAAGAAGAAAAUAAGAAGCAGUAGAGGAAGAAAGAGAGCUGACCGUUAUGACUAUACUGACCUUGAAAAGCCUUAUGUUUGUGAAAUCUGUGGAGCCCGUUACAAGACCAGGCCUGGUUUAUCUUACCAUUAUAGCCAUGGUCAUAACAAUGACUCGACAGAUAACACAGAAGAAGAAACCAAUUAUACUCCCCCAAAACCGUCAGCAGCUCCACCUCCUCCAGCUCCUGUCCCUCCUCCUUGUAACCCACCUCCUCAGGUCAUGCAACCAUCCAUGUCUUCAUGGCCAGGGCCUUCCAGUGAAGAUGGUCCUUUAACUUGCAUUUUCAGGAGCCUAAGCUCUUUCUCUUCUACAGCACCAAGACCUACCUCAGAAAAAGGAAAUACACUGCCAAGUACAUACUGUGACUUUUGUUUAGGCGAUAGUAUUGAAAACAAAAAAACAAGGAUGCCUGAGGAAUUGGUUUCUUGUUCAGAUUGUGGCCGUUCAGCCCAUCCAACUUGUUUGCAAUUUACGCCAAAUAUGACUGCUUCUGUUAAGAAGUACCGUUGGCAAUGUAUUGAAUGCAAAUCUUGUGGUAUUUGUGGAACUUCUGAUAAUGAUGAUCAACUGUUGUUCUGUGAUGACUGCGAUCGUGGCUAUCAUAUGUAUUGCUUGACACCACCUCUUUCUGAACCCCCAGAAGGUUCAUGGAGUUGCCAUUUAUGCAUUGAAGAAUAUGGACGCAAAUAAUUUCUUUUUAUUAGACAUGUGUAGAGAUUUUCAUCUAUUUUCUUUUUAUAUAUUUUGUUUUAGAAACUCGGUGGCAGCUUUAGAAUUUUCUUUGAAGAAUUUUUCUUUUUCGUUGUAAAACAAAAAGAAAAUUCUUAUAUUUCUUUGUAUAAUCUUGUCAUUUAACAUAUCCUGCAUUUUGCUGGUGUGGGUGAUUUGAUAUUUGAUGUUUUUUUCUGAAAUUCUUUGAGUUGUUAAAUGAUUUUUUUUAAAUUUAUUAAAUGCUGCAAAUUUACAACGAAUGUAAAAUCAGCCCAACAUUUUAAUAGUUUUGUUAAAGGUUUGUUCAAGUUAUACAAACUUUUUAUGUAACUGAAUUUAUUCACCACUUAAAAUAAAUGUCUAUAUAUGAUAGAAUAUUUUUUAAAAAAAAUUCAUUUUCUUUUUUGAGAAAUUUUAAAUGCUUAUAUUUGGAAAAGUAAAUUCUAUGCUUUUUUUUUUAAAGGAAAAUAUCAUUUCACCCCCCAAAAAUUUUUUUUCCUUUUUUUUUUUUAAGGCUUUUAUUACCAUUAUUUAAAAUGUAUUUGGAAUCAGUCUUUAAAAGUCUGAUUUCUUAAUUAAAAUAAGAAACCCAGUACUUAUAGAAGUAAUCUAAAAGUUUAACUGUGUCUUUCAUAAAAUUUAUAUUCAUAAAAUUUUAUAAAAUAUUCAUAUCAUAUAAAUUUUAUAAAAUAUUCAUAAAAUUUAUAUGAUUUGAAUUUAUUCAUUAUGUUACAAAAAAUACCAUAGUAUUCAUUGUUAAAGUGUUUGUGUAUUUUAUUUAAAUACACAAUCAUAUAAAUGCAUUAAGUAAUUCAAAUAUAUUUUGAACAUUUUGUUGUUUGUGUGUAAAAAUUAAAGAAAUUCUAUGAAUUUUUUUUCAUGUUUAAUUACCAUUGUGCAUCUAAAUAUAAUGAUUAAGCUCCUAUAAUACUUUCAAUUAACACCAUCAAAUAAAAUGGUACUUGCCACCAUUUUUUAAAAAAAAUAUUCUAAUGUAUGAUAAGAAAACAUGUAUCAUUUUGUUUUAGAUAUUAAAGUGAGCCAUCAUGUUAAGUUAAAUGUUUUAAGUUUUAUCCAUAGUGAUUCCACUCCCAAUUAAAUUCAGAUGAUACCACUUCUCUUAGCAUUCAAUAUUUCUAUUAAAUAAACCGAAAGACUGUGACGGGUUCCUGUGUGCUGGAAUCCGGAUUUGAAUUUCAGCUCCAACUACUACCUCAUUCUUUUUAUAUGCAAGUAAUUUUAUAACCAUAGUAUGCUCAUUUUAGAUGAUAUAUUCAUGUAAUGUGUGCUAAGAAUGUCAAAAUAAAAGUAGCUUGAUCAUAUUCUACAUUUAUGAAACUGUAUUAGAUUUAACAAGGAUUUUUCACUAUAAGGAAAGGCUAUGUGAGGAUGUAAAUUUUUGUAAAACUUUUACAUAUUACUUAUGGUAUAUUGGAAGUAAAAUGUGUUUUUUUAAACUCCCUUCUUUUCAUAUUUGACUUUAAAAAUGUGAAAUAAAUUCAAAAUUUUUUUUAUACAUCAAUUUCUAUAUCUGACUUUUUUAUAGCAAUUCCAGGUAUGUCAAUCUUCAUUACUCUGUUCUUAAUUUAGCUACAUUAUACAUUGGUAUCUGAUGUUAUUAACAGAAAUGGUAUUUUGUUUUUCAUUCCACUUGAUAAAGUUACUUAAAAAUUCUUUGAAUGUUUCAUAUAACAUGUAUGGAAACCCAUCAGACUUUAACAAUUGAAAAAGUCAGUAAUUUCAAAUAACAUCAUUUGGAAAUUUUUGAUUUCACUGCCAAAUUCUAGUUAAAUCUACAGCUGUUGAUCACAUCAUACUUCUAAUUUGCAUUUGAAAAUGUAUUCAUUAGAAACGUUUCUUGAUAUUGGACAGAAAUCAAAUAUCAGAAAAUUAUUUUCCUCUUUUUAAUGAUACUCUUCUCUACUGUAUAAUUUUCUUAUACAUAUUUUAGAAAAUCCUUGCAAUAAUCAUUCAUCCAACAAGUAGUUGUAUGGAUGAAUUGUAAUCAUUUUCUAAAAGAUUGUUUUUUAGAUUUAUCAAAAUCUGUUGAAGCAAUGCUGAUGAUAUUAAAUACUAAAUUAAUCAAAGCUUUCUUUUGCAAAUUCUAGAUAAAAUAAAUGUUUUGUAAAACUAAAUAAAAACUCUUGUAGAUUUAAAAAAAAAAAAUCCUGAUUUUAAUAAUUUAGUUUUACAUAUGAAUGUUAUCUUUGAAUGUCAUUGUAUUCGCCACUUAUACAAUAGAUUAUUUGUUUAUUGAAACUUAAUAAUAUCUUAAUAAUUUAUAGAUUUAAUAUUGCCUAUUAAUUUUUAUUAAAAAGGCAGGAAUCCUCAUGUACUUUCCAAUGAACAUGUUAAAUGCAGGUCAUUAUCUGUAGAAAUAAAAAUAAAAACAUUUUGAUGAAUGUUCUAAUAAAUGAGAGCAUUUGAUAUGGCUGGGAUAGAUUUUUAUACCUAUAAAGACUAGUAUUUUGUGUAUACUGAUGACCUAAAAAUAUACGUAACAAUUAUGUUUACUGAACUGAUUGUGGAAAUAAUUUCUUCCUUUUUGUAUACUGUGUUUGUAUGGAAGGAAGGUGUUUGAAGUUUUUAAAUAUUGGAGCAUUACUUUUAGUGUUUAAAAUAUUCUAUUGAGACAAUAUUGCAUCAUCCAGUUCUUUCUUUUUUUAAUAAAUCUUAUUUGUUUACUAUAUAUUUUAUAGAAUAAAAAUAAAAUCUUUGGUUCUUAAUUUAUUUUGCCAUGUUUCUAUAACUUAUGUAAGUUAGGGAAUUUUGUUAUACCACUUUACAUCGUUUUUGUAUUUUGCUACAAAAAAUGGAAUUUUCAGAACUUAAAAAAUAAUUCUUAGUAUUUUUUUUAAACAUAUUAAAUAAAAAGAUGUACAUAGUAAUAGUAUUUAGUGAUAAAAGUACUGAAAAAUAAAAAGUUGUUUUAUUUCAAAGGAAUAUAUCUUUUUAUUCAGUUGUUAGUGGAUUUUCUAUGUAUGUCAUAUACUUGGGCAUCUGUGCUUUUAUCUUAAGUGAUUGCAUUCAAGUGUCUUAGUAAAUAAUUUCAUUAAUUACUUAUAUUUAUUCUAUAAUAACUUUAAUUGAACAUAUAUGUAUGCACAUGCACUCUAACAGUAACUUAAUAGUUAAUUUUUAAACUGUUAUAAAUAUGCAUCUACUUUUAAAAGAAAAUCUGUUUUAAGUUACUUAAAGAAUUAUAUUUUAUGUAGUUUGAAUCAGCAAAUGUACUGUUGAAAGAAAGAAAAAAACAAAAAAAACAUGAAUUUUAAAUUUUUAUACAAUUCUCUAAGCAUACUAAAGUUAAAAAACAAACAAAAAACACUCUUUUUCUCAAUUAAAACCGAUUGAAGUAUAUAGUUGAGGCCUUAAAGAAGAUCAUCCAAUUAUCAGACACUUAUUUCCUUGAGAUGGCCGAUGAUUGGUCUAAAAAUAAUGAAAUUCAAUACCUCAUAAUUUGGUCAAUCAACUGAAAGUAUAUAUCUAUCUCUAAUAGUUUAAAAAUUAAUUUUUGAGACACUCUUAGAGUGAACAACCUGUAUAAUGCUCAUUUUCCUUCAUUUUAUAAUAUGAACACAAAAUAUAUGUUUGAUGCAAUAUUAUUCUUAUAACACUUUUUAUAUAUUUUUUUAUUUAAGAAAUUUCAGUUUCUAGCAAAUGUAACAUGUUUUUAUAUAUUUUGAAUUUCUCCCAUUGCAAAACUGAUUUCAUGUUUAUUUUUAUACAUUUGAUUCUUUUAUUAUUAUCUUUAUUGUAGCUGAAAGUGCUUUAUAACUACAAUAAUCUUAUUACAUAAGA